GCCACUGACCACGGGUCGCGUUUUGGGGAGGCACAGACCCGGCACUUCGGACAUAUUCUGGUAGUCAGGGCUGGAGAGCAUGGUGGGGGGAUCUGCAUGUAUCCCUGCUGACGCGUCCCACUGGCUUCCUCUCCUGGCCCCUCCCUUUCCUGCUCCCGGCGGCCGGUGUCGCGUGUUUCUCCGCUGAGCUCCGCAGCCCAUCUGCGUCACCGGCGCUGACCUUUGACCCGCGACGGCAUCAGACAGGAAAUCUGUGGCACUCACUGCAAUCCGGGCUGCUUAGUCAGGAGAGCAUGGAGUCGUGAAGGUGGAAACGGAAGGGGCUGUCAUUCACGUCGCCAGCAGAGGAUCCUCCACUCCAGUCGCUUCUUUCUGCCACCCCGGGAGACAUGGAGCCCCAGAGCAUGCUGGUAGUGCCUAGCCCACGGUACGAGGCCGUCACCCAUCAUCUGGAGGAGCUGUCGCUGCAGCCCAACUGCAGUCUGCCCCCCCUCGAUCAGCGCAGGAACGCCCUCCAGCUCCAGCUCCAGCAGAGACGCACACGGCAGCAGCUGGCAGACCAGGGCAUCAUGCCACCCCUGAAGAGCCCGGCCGUGUUCCAUGAACGUAUACGCAGCCUGGAGAGAGCCCGGACGGAGAAUUUCUUGAAGCAGAAGAUCCGGAGUCGACCACAGCGUUCCGAGCUGGUGCGCAUGCACAUCCUGCAAGAGACGGCGGCUGAGCCCUCACUCCAGGCCGCGCAGAUGAAACUGAAGAGGGCGCGUCUGGCUGAUAACCUUAACGAGAAGAUCUCGCAGCGGCCCGGCCCCAUGGAGCUGGUGGAGAAGAACAUCCUGCCUGUGGACUGCAAUGUGAAGGAGGCCAUUUCCGGUGGCGAGGUGGAGUACCCCCGGACACACGACGUAUACACCUUCGACGAGGACAGCGGUGACACCCCCUCCCCGGAGCAGCCAGCCAGCCAGGAAUCCCAAGGCUCCUCCGCGUCACCCCCGGCCCCCAGGCCUGGCGAGACCCCCCCCACGGCCCCUGCCCAGCUCUGCCCGGCAGCGUCCCAGCCCACUCCUGACCUCCCCAAGCCGCCCCUCCUCUUGUCCUCCAGUGAGCAGCCAGCGGGUCAUGUGACCACGUCCCCACAGAAGCCAGGCCCAACCUUGGUGAAGCAAAGCCAGCCCAGGCUGCCCAGCGACAAGGCGCGCAGCAAGAAGGGCAGGGAGGCGCGUCCGCGCGUCAGGAAGUUCAAGUACCACCAGUACAUGCCACCGGAGCAGCGGGCUGCGACCGGCCAGCCCGCCAUAGACUCCUGCUACACGCGCCUCCUGCAGCAGCAGCAGCUCUUCCUGCAGCUGCAGAUCCUCAGCCAGCAGCAGUGUAGCGGCUACCGGGCCGCGCUGCCCAUCGAUCCCGGGCCGGCAGCUGAUGGGCAGAAGAGUCCGGGGUUGGUGUUGCUGCCCACGACAACCCCCCCACACCCCAACCACAAGGCCGGACCGUUGCCAGCCAAACUAGACGAGAUGAAGGUGGCCGAGCUGAAGUGCGAGCUGAAGCUGAGAGGGCUUCCUGUCUCGGGCACCAAGGUGGAUCUCAUAGAGCGCCUGAGGCCUUACCAGGAGAGGAGUUCGGCCCCCGACACCAUGGACACCCAGCAGGGGGCAGCAGAGAGCGCCAGCUUGACUCCCCCCGGAUCACCGGGUGCAGGUGUAGAGGAGACUGAGUCCGCGCAUGGCUCGCCCGUGGGGGAGGACCCUGGGCCGUCAGAGAGGGACCAGCAGCUCCACGAGAAGGAGCGUCAGAUCGAGGAGCUCAUGCGGCAGCUGGAACGUGAACAGCGGCUGGUCGAGGAGCUAAAGAUGCAGCUGGAGGUGGAAAAGCGCCACCAGCAGGGGGAGCCACGAAUGCCCUCCCCCGUGAAGGAAGAGGGUGGGGUCUCCCCGAGCUGCAACCCCAUCCACAUGGCGACACACAAGCAGGAGAAGCCGCUUGCUGGUGCCCCCCCAGGACAGGACCACGUGCCCAUGCUGUCCCAGUUCCUCAUCAGUCACCAACCUGGGGCCUCGAUCCUGCUUCCUGUUCCCCUCCCAGCCCGCAGCAGUGGCCUGCAGCCACAGCCAUCCCUGCAGGCUGCUGUGUCCACUCCAACCCCAGGUCUCAUCCAGGCCUCCAUUCCUCCGAUGCAGCUUCAGGACAUGGAGGCUUUGGCGGCCCAACCCCCCAGUGAGGUCCAUUAUAUGGCCCAGACCCUCCCAGCAAGUUCUACCCCCGCUUUCCAGUACACUCACAGUGGCCAGGCUGUGACGGAGGUCCCCCAGUGCUUUCUGCAGUCCCCCCCAGACAAGCAGCCAUCUCCUGGGCGUUCCCCCAGCCAGGCGAUGCACAACGGCCUGGCGAAGCAGUCUCCCUCCCAGCCCACCUAUAUCCUCCAACCAACCGCCUUCACCAGCCACGCCCCCAAGAUCAAAGACCCACCCCGCUAUGAAGAGGCCGUCAAGCAGACCCGUGGCUUCCAGGCCUCCACACAGGUUUCCAUGGCGACCAGCCAGCAGAUGGAUGAUCUGUUUGACGUCCUGAUCGAGAGUGGAGAAAUGUCGCCCUUCACCCGACAGGACCCCCAGGCCCCGGCCAAGACGCUGACUGCCUGUGUCACCACGCUGCCCGUGGGGAUGGUUCUGUCGCGGCCCCCACCCCAGGUUCACGUGGCCCCGCCGCCUUGCCGCCAGCCUGCUCUUGCUCCCUCACUGCCCCUGAUGGAUGAGCUGGACCACCAGCUGCUAGAGCCCCCCCUCUCCCCCAUGGACACGUCCUCGCUGUGCCUGCCCCCCCCCUCCUUCGAUGGCAUGGACUGGAUGGACCUCCCCCUUGUGGGACCCCUAGGGGCAGCCCCAGCAGGGGGGAUCUUCUCCUCGGACAUGGAUACCCACGACCUGCAGAUUCAGUGGGACUGAGGAGGCGGAGUUAAACCAAGGAUUGCGUUUCAUGAAGCAGCUUGAAGCACUUUCUGUUCUUUCUCUGGGAUGUUUUUUGGGCUUUUCUGGGCCUGAGAUCCUCAGCAAAAACAGGAAAAUGUUCACGAACUCACAGACUCACACACACACACACACACCUCCUGCCUGCAGCCGAAGACACAGGCUGCUCCUGCUAAGGGCGCCUGGUCUGGGGAGCACCAGAAGAGGCCGAUUAGGAGUGGGGGGCUCCACAAAAACACCACAUAACAGAGCUGUUCUCUCCAGGCCCCAAUUCCGUGUUUUGGGUCAAGCUGUUCCCUGGUCCCGCGCUGUCUGGAUAAAUCCCAAACCGUUCUGGACGUCAGAGUCUCUCUCCCGUCACUUAAGGGCUUGUGUGUGCAGCAUGACCUAGACGGGGUCACGACUCUCAUAGACACGCGUGACCGUAUCACAUCAACACGGUGGACCAUCUGGAUCAGGAAGAAUGAGGACGUGGUUUGUCAUGUUUUAUAAGUCACUUUUAAAGAAGCCGAUCCGUUUGCUCAUGGAAAUACUGCCAGGAUGAAGAUGACCCUUCCAGCUGCACACAUGCCCGGUUUGGCCGCUCCGUGCCCUCGGUAAGGUGCCCGGAGCUGGAGGCGUGGCCCGUUUGCCUGGAGGGGUAACGGCAGCCGAAUGCUAAGCUAAGACUUAGCGAGGAACCCGUCACACUGUGCCAAGAGACGCCAGCAGCUGAUUUGCAUGUUUGUAUAGUCAUGACACGAAAGGAGAUUAGUAGCAAAAUUGUGGUCUCACCGGCGUCCUAUUCAGGGCAAAGUUUGCAAGGGGGGUGGCUAGUCAAAAGGGGAGUAAAAAUAAAUAAAAUAAAUAUAUCAUGGCUUAGUGGCUAAACAGAUUUGUCUCCAGUAGGAUGUUGGUUCAAGUCUUCCAGGUAGCACCCAGGAAGUUAGCUGCCCAGAACAGUUCCCGAUAUAGAAACUCAGCUGUAUAUACACAGGCAAGAUUAUCACGUGCUAAACCGGCCGUACUGUAGCCAAAGGCAGGACAUUUAAACUCACAGGUCACCUUAGCCUGACCGUCAGCUUCAGAUCUCAGCUUCACCGGGCACUUUUCUACCUGAAUGUGUUCAUUUUUCUUAGUUGAGGUUGGGGAGCUAUAUAUAAGAAGUAUUGCAUUGCCAUCUAGUGGACAAACUCAGCAGUGAAAGUAAGUCAACUUGCGCGAUCUGUAGAGGCUCCUAGUCACUUUCUGGACUCAGGUGACCAUGCUGGGGACGCGGUGAUCAGACGGUUCUUCUACUCUUGGUUCUUCCUACUUUGCUCAAGGGCCCAGAGGUCAUAUGAUUCUUCUGCCACUUGUGGGCUAUUACCCCACUACCUUCUCAACACAGACAAGGACUUCUGGACCAGGGUCCCCUAUGCACCCCUCUUCCUGUAAGGAGGACGUGACGACUGGCACCUUGCUGCACACCUUCCCACUGCUCUUGUUACGCACAGAAAAGUUGGGAGAUCUUUCCGGAAGCUGGAAACACGCCUGCCCCUCGCACCCUUAAACUGUGACCAGGGUUGGGCCAGGAUUGGCACCCCCUCUCCCUCCCCCCAAUCAGGGACCUCAGUGGCCUUUCCUCAGUGCCUCUCACAUGUCCGAACCCAGCCGGGAUCCUGCUUCACUUCCGAAUCGUUAUGAUGCCAGCAAUUUGCACAUCGUGUAAAUAAUUUUUACAAACAAAUGUCCUGCAUAUUUUUAUAUGUCCAUCUUAAAGCCACAAGCCGUAUUAUGACUUUGGCUUCUGAAGGGUUUGUAUCUCGUCCUCUUGUGGUAAUAAAUUUCAUCAACAUUCCCA